AUGCUGAUCCCAAUGUCAAAUUCAGUCAGUAGACAUGAAAAGUUUGUGCGGUCUGCUUAUCGCUCUGCUGAUCCCAGGGGAGUUGUUAACGCAUAGCAAUGGGGAGCAGCCUGAUAGCAAAAUCGUCGGGGGGACGGAUACCAGUACAGACGAAUUCUCUUGGUUCACAGCGCUAGUGCAUUAUAGAGAAUUUCUUUCGAAUUCAUCGUUGAAAGUUUGGUGUGGGGCUUCUCUAAUCAGUCCCAACAAGGUUUUGACAGCAGCGCAUUGCUACCGACCCUUACGUAACAGUGGAGGAAAUUGGAUGUCGCACCUAAUCGCUGUAUUCGAUCUGAAGAACAGAUGCAAACGCGAAUACGCUGGUGCCAGCAUGAUAAUAAAAGUGGACAUGCAUCCUUAUUACAAUUCUGCGACGGAUAAAAGCGACUUGGCCAUCGGAACGCUCCGUCUUUACAUCUCGAUAUCUCCCGUACGCCUUGCACCGAAAAGUUUAAAUGGAGUUAAUAAAUCGAAAACGGCCCACAUCCUCGGUUUCGGCGCAACCACGGAAGGAGGGUCAAGUGAACCUUGCACACUCCUGAAGGCUGCCAUCAAAAUGUAUACCAGAAAUCAAUGCCAAACCACAGAAAUUUACAAAUACAUACAAAACACUCCUGGAGUGAUAUGCGCUGGUGUUAAAAACGGGUCACGCGACGCCUGCCAGGGUGAUAGUGGAGGGCCUUUGGUUAGGUUUUCGAAAGGUGUUCAAAUACUUCAAGGAGUCACCUCUUUUGGUAAAGGUUGCGGUCGUCCAAACUCUCCUGGCAUUUACACCGAUGUGUCCUACUACAGGGACUGGAUUGAUGAGAAAAUCGGUAAAAAGAAGGCAACCCCUUCCAGGAGACCUUUCCGAUUUUCUACUGCUCUGAUAUAUUUUGUAAAGAAGUUUCUCCAAGCUUCUGGUCUGAUCCGAACAGUACGCAACAGAGAAUAAUUGUCAUUGAAAAACAGCGUUUCUCAUAAGCUGUAAAAGUGUGGUGAUAAAAAUUUAAUAAUUUUAUUACAUUUUGAACAUCGUUCUUAUCGCAAAGGAACUAUUGGGCUUUAUCUCAUCUCAAUACGAAUAUCCAAAAUAUCGUUCAAUCUUUUGUAAAUGUAAAUAUUAGAAAGUAAUUGUACAACCUGAGUGUUUACGUUCCAGUCGGAGCUUCUUGCCUAACGAUAAAAAGUUUACAUUUAUCCAAAAUUUGUUUGAAUAAAAGUACAAGAAACUUUGUUUUUCAAAUUGUGUCAAUUUGUAAAGAUUAUUGUUUUCCGUUAGGUCUCCUCAAUUUUUCAGUAUUACUGUCUUCUUUCUUUAUUUGCUAUAUUAUAUUGCUAUGCUAUAUUAUCCAUUAACUUUAAGGGAAAACCUUUGAUGUAAAAAUUGUGUUUUAAAUAAAAAAAAUCAAUC